CUGAAUUCGGACCCCUUGCAUCUAGCUUUCCGAAAGAAAAUCACUAGAUUCUGGUUUGGGCUUCAGGCUGCCAGGGACAAGCCUCUCUGUCGGCUUCAAUGCAAUCAUGAUGGAGGUAGGCUGGCCCUAGCUCUCGGAUACGAUGUUGACAUGGACCAGACCACUCCCAACCCGAGCGGUAAGUGUCUUCUUCGUCUUCCUCAGGGGCCACCGAUAUUGUGUAUCGAUCGACAUUCUGUUGGUCGCAGAGGACCCAGCGCGUUCGCAGCACCCUCAUCACGGAAGGCUGAGGUCCCGUGUACUCUACACCAUUUACGACCUAUCCACGUGCUGCCGUUGCUACUGUACAGGUACCUAAAUUAGGUAGUACUGUAGCUGCAGGCUGCCUUCUCAAACAGUCCAGUGCUCUACACAAUCAAACAAAAUAAACAAGAUGGGGUUCCGCCAUCAUCCGAAGAGGUGACUCCGAUCGACUUUCCAAUCGAACGGGGGGUUCAACAGUCAUUCUGAUCAUUGAGAGAUGCAGUAGUAGGGUGAGAUGGUGAUGGUUCUGUUCAUGCAUGACUUGAUCGAUUGUCAACAGACCGGGAACGUCUCCCGUUGAACUUCCAUCAACAACCUGUUUCAGAUAUCCGAAGCUUCUGCUUCUGUCCGUUUAUCACUGUUGAGCAGGGGAAGCCUUGCCUCUCCGUGCGACUAGUGUCUCACACUGGUAGAACUACCUUAUUCUGCCGGGAUCGCUACAGUACAACAUUGUACAUGGCUACGUUGCGUGAUCGAGGUCGUGUCACUUCGCCGCAGACUGGCUGAGUCUGACUGGCUGCUGCUGGACCGAAAGUCGCCUGUCACUGCCAGGAGAAGACAGGCUGAGAUCGAAACCCGCAUUUUCUAAUAUGGCCUGACGAGGAUUCCCUGCGCUUGCUGUCGAAAAUCGAACACUAAAAACAAGCGACUUGAGACGUGCGCGCGUAUGCUGACAGGGCAUGGCAAGCAGGGCGGGACAUGGGGGCGCGCUCGGCCCUCAGCUGUCUGCAGUGCCAGUGCAUAUCAUGAUGCAGUUGGGAGCAGUCGGCCCCGUUUGUUUUGACAUUCAAGUUUCCGCACAACAACACCGAGCGUGUACCACUAGUAGCUGUUAUCGUAGCCAGGGAUCGACACUAUGGAGCCAUCAUCAUCAGCAUCAUGAUCUCCCUGGACUGCAGUGCGCCGGAAGCUGUAUCUAAAAUGCCGUCUUAGUUAGCACUACGAUUGCGUCCCCCAUCUCGUUUCCCGGUCAAUGUCACCCUGCAAGAAUCGUGUUGCAGUUGGAUGAGAUUGAAGAGACACCUCCGAGAUGAGAUGCUCUCGUUAACAGCUUCGACGAUGUGAGGCGGAGAUUCUUGCAACUACAGGUGCAAUUGCUCAUCCAGAGAUCCUUCCAGAAGACAGCUAAUGAACCAGGAUAAAACAUGUAAUGAAUUCAGUUCUGACAAAGCGUCCUGCAGCAAUAGAUCCGCGUGGUUGCGAAAGUUGGAGUUCAAUGGGAGUUCAAUGCGUUUAAUAAAAAGCUCUGUCAGACUGUACCCCCAAUUUGAUUUCCUUCAAGGACUUCGCCCUGGCAGCGACCGUUUUGAGCAGCAUUCCGACAACAAUAGACCAUACCUAUCAUUAACCCCUUGCUGGCCUAGAUAUUCUUUGAGCGCCUACCGUGACUGAGGUUCGUCAUGCGAGCCAUAUUUUCCUUCUCUUGCGGACUAAGGUUGACACGGAUCUCUUGAACUUGGAGGACUUCCUGAAACUCCUUCUUGAGAGCCCUGCCAAUUUUAAUGUUCAGAUACGAAACAAUACGGGAGAUGCUUGGCAGAUUCCAUGCUGUAUCAAAGCUACUUUCGGUCCCUUGCCAACAGGUUUACAUUAUGAUCAGUCCCACCGAAGCGAUCUACUUGACAACCCAUAAUUUUUGACUCUUACACACUUGACCGAACGCCCCUAUUCAGUUGACGGCUUUUUUCCAUUUCAACCAAUGUAUCAUGAUGGCGAGGCUUGCAGAAAAGUCGAUACUAUGUGCAUUGUCUGGGGGAGACAGCUGGAUUCCCACAUAGCACAGUACGCAGACGAGCUGGCAGCACAGUAUGGAUUAACGGCUAGCACCUCGUUUCACUCGCAAGGCGCAUUCAAUCGUUGUUAUGAAGUGAGAAUAAAAGAAAAGCUCAAUACAAUCUUUCGGUUUCCAAUUCUGGGCAAAGUUGCAUUUCGCAAGGAAAAGGUCAUCGACGAGGUAAUCGUCAUGAAGUAUGUCUCGAAGCAUACAUCAAUUCCUACACCACGGUUGAUCAGAAUCUCCGAUUCUUCCUGGGGUCCCUGCAUGGUCAUGGAGCUCGUUGAAGGAAAGUUGCUGUCCGACUAUCUCAAAGUCCCUAGAGAGUCGGGAAAAGUCGAGAUACUGGAUCCGAACAUCGACCCCCAAACAUUGACGCAGGCCUACCAGAUCAUGUCUAGGAUAUUGAUUCAGCUGUCCCAAUGCGAGUUCCCUAGCAUAGGCGGGUUGUCUCGGGACCGGUUAGGCCAUUGGUGCGUCACAAAACGACCAAUGACUCUAAAUGCGAACCAAUUGGUUUCUCUUGCCAACUUCCCUCCCGCGGACCUACCGGCAGACACAUUUGCAACAGCUACCGACUAUUUCACGGCAUUAGCCAAGAAUCACCUAACUCAUCUUCGAACACAGCGCAACGACGCAGUUGAAAGUGAGGCCGACUGUCAAAGGAAAUACGUCGCGCGAUACUUAUUCCUGAGGAUUGCAAAGAGUUUUUCCAAAGUUCACAACAAGGGCCCUUUCCGAUUGAUCUGCGAUGACCUCCGUCCCUCGAACGUAAUUGUGGAUGAAAAAAUGAGCCUCCGUUGCGUGAUUGAUUGGGAAUUUUCCUAUGCUGCUCCUGCCGAGUUUACAUACUGUUCGCCAUGGUGGCUUCUUUUGGCCCAUCCAGAUGACUGGGAAGAUAGUCUGGACAGUUUUUUGGCUCAAUAUCUCCCUCGACACGAGACUUUUUUGCGGGCCUUGAAAGAGACCGAAGAUGAGGAGAUUCGGGGUGGAAGACUCUCCGAAUCUCAACGUCUGUCUGAUGAAAUGGCACGAUCGAUGCAAAAUGGAACCUUUUGGUUCUGUCUAGCAGCCACUUCGAGCUUUGCCUUCGACGACAUUUACUGGCGCUUCAUCGACUCCGAAUAUUUUGGGAAAUUCACCUCCAUCGAGGAGCGGAUCGAGUUAUUGAGCUUGGAGGAACGCAACUCUCGGGAGGAAUUUGUCCGUAUCAAAUUGCAGCAGGCGGAAGUGAGAACAUUGGACGAAUAUCGUACCCUUGAUGACAUCCUCGCGUCAUGAGCGCAUGCCAGAGAGUUCAAAGACAUAACCGUUUUUUUUUGGCGUCUGGCAUCGAUCGGGUUGAGGUAUCUGUCGAGUGGUCGGCGAGUGCCUACUAUUGCUGCAGAAGGUCCUCAUGUGUCAAGCAGUAGCAGUGCAACACAGUAACGUGAGCUGACGCGGCUGAUUUUGCAGUACUUACUUGCAAAGACUAUCUUUUGGCGGCCGACGAAAAAGCCUACCUCGCAGAUAUCUAUCAAUUUACAGUAGCGUUCGAAUGGAUGGGAGUAUGGCCAUCUGUCUUGAGAUCGAGCAUGGACGCAGCCUCGUGUUAUGCGUAGUAAGUGCCUGGUAGGUACUGUGAUGCUUUCGAAUCGUCCCUCCGCGCUGGUUGUGUGGCAUGUGCCAGUUUCUCCAUGUUUAUCCGCCAGUGUAGUGCCAGACUCCCUCUCCACGUCUACAACGUACUAUGUUAUACAUAAGUCAAACCUUCAUUCCGGC